AUGUCUUCGAGCCCAGAUGUAUUAUCCAGAUCUACCGGCACAUUUGUCAACCAAUUUAAUCCCAGGACUGGGGCUAAUCAAUGGAUGGUUGUAAAUGAUAACUAUGAUUAUCAACAAGAGAUUGCUCAAUCUGCUUACGCUGACAUGCUUCAUGAUUACGAUCGCAAUCGUCGAUAUCACGAAGCCAUUCGACAUGUCAUCUCAAGACUGAAAUCCGCCGGUCGGGAGGUUCAUGUUUUAGACAUUGGAACAGGAACAGGUCUCUUAUCAAUGAUGGCUGUUCAAGCUGGUGCUGAUUCGGUACUUGCUUGCGAGGCCUUCGAGCCCAUGGCAAAGUGCGCUGAAAAUAUUAUCAAGGCUAAUGGAAUGAGCGAUCAAAUUAAAGUUAUUCACAAGAGGUCGACCGAAUUGGUAAUUGGUGAGGAUAUGCCAAGGAAAGCGAAUGUUCUCGUUGCAGAGUUGUUUGAUACCGAACUAAUUGGCGAAGGAGCUUUGGAGGUCUAUCAACAUGCUGCUGAUCAUCUGCUUACUCCGGAUGCUAUUCUUAUACCCUCUAAAGCCAGAAUGUAUAUCCAGGUUCUGGAAUCUCCCUUCCUCUGGUCGCAUCACUCGAUUGAGCCUAUUUUCGAGAGUGGAAUCACAAUUCCUACUGAAAAGAUGCUUACGUGUCAUGGCUCUCCUGCAGUAUUUGAUCUCCAAGCUUCGUUGCUGAAGUUUGUUGAAGGUGAUGAUCCUCUCACUAAGGAUAAUGACAGGGGAGCUGCUCGUUGUCUUCUGGAAAAUCCAUUGAUGUUUCACGAAUUCAAUUUUGCACCUCCUUCGUCCAAUAUAUCUCUGGAUUUUACGAAGAGAUUAACUGAAAUAAAUGGUGAGUCGAUAAAGGCAAUUCGAUCUGGUACAGCUCACGCCGUUCUCGUUUGGUGGGAGUUGCAAAUGGAGCCCUCGAAUCAAAUCCCCUCUAUCACCAUGGCUCCAGAGAAUGGUGGUAUUGGUGGAAGUCCUGGGGAUUUGCGAGCAAUCCCAUCUUGGCGUGAACACUGGAUGCAAGCUGUCUACUUUCCUCGAAACUGUCCUCUCCCACUCACCGCAGGUCAACCAUUCUGCAUUGACUUUGCUCAUGAUGAUUACUCCAUGCAUUUUGAUCUACAUUCCACCGCAAAUUACUAUACCCUACCUCCUGUGUUGGGAAGAAAAUCUGCCUCCUACUGCAAUUGUCUUGCCCAUGCAUCUUGGGCUCGUUCACGAUUCGCUCAGCUCAAUCACCCGCAAUUUCGAAAACUACAGGACCAUGAAUUUGUACCUCGCAUCAUUGAGGAGAUUUCCUCCCUUUCAAAUUCUUCUUCUAUAGCUUUAGUUGUCGUAUCCGAGGCUUCUUUACUCCCUCUCUAUCUCCAUAGGGCCCUUUCCUCCAAAAAUGUGCCAAUUUUUCACUUAGAUUGUUUUGUGUUAGCAAAGAGACUAAUGGAAUCAAUCUAUCAAGAGUGCAAUGCCGAUAUUAAAUUCAAAACUACUAUCGAUGACUUGAUGAAAUCUCUUGAACUAUUCGUUUCCAAUGCUACUAAACCAGCAGAAAUUUGUAUUCUGUCAGAACCCUACUGCAAUGAGGCUUUUCUGCCUUGGAAUGCAAUCCAGUUCUGGUAUGUCUAUGGGCAAAUUGCGACGAAAUACCCCUGCCGAUUAAUAUCCCCAACCGCUCUGCGAAUUCAAGCUGUUGCAAUGGAUUUCGAUCAUCUUUGGAAGAUUAGAGCUCCUGUAGGGGAUAAUGUGGAGGGAUUUGAUCUGAAGAUAUUUGAUGAAAUGAUCCUUUCCGCGGCUCAAACAACGGAUGCUACUGUUGAGCCGCAUCCUCUUUGGCAGUAUACGGGGAAAGCGAGGUCAAAUCCCAUGUGUGCCUUUGAGCUCUCUCUAACGGUUCCUCCAGCAUCACCAGAAAAGAUGAAUGAACACAAAAUCUGCAAUUUGACUAUCUCUCUUUCGAACCCGUCUACUGUUAAUGCAGUUGCAAUGUGGGCUGAAUGGAGAACUCUAGAUGGAAGUUGGCACCCUGUUGGUGGACCUUUGAGGCCCGUGGAAAUCGACCAAGAGGUAGACUGGUGUAAAGUAGGACCCCAAACGGGCGUCUCUUUCUUGAGAUGCGCUUUGAAGAAUGAGUUGAAAAAGCGGGAAGGAUCGAUGUGUAAAUUGAAUGUUGAAUGCGAUUUUGAUUUUUAUGAAGGAGAACCGAUCUUUAGGUUUUCUGUGAUAUGA